AUGUGGAGGAACAUUGCUGGCUUCUCCAAGGCGGUGGCAAGAACACACGGAUCUCGGAGAUGCUUGUCGACGGCGAUUCCUGGUCCUUGCAUCGUUCACAAGCGUGGUGCCGAUAUCCUUCACGAUCCAUGGUUUAACAAGGACACAGGUUUUCCUUUGACUGAGAGAGAUAGAUUGGGUCUACGAGGAUUGCUUCCUCCUCGUGUUAUCUCCUUUGAGCAACAAUAUGCUCGUUUCAUUGAGUCGUUUCGUUCCCUGGAGAGGAACACACAAGGGCAGCCAGACAACGUUGUGUCAUUAGCAAAGUGGAGGAUUCUCAAUAGGUUGCAUGACCGUAACGAGACUCUCUACUACAGAGUCCUUAUAGAUAACAUCAAAGACUUUGCGCCAAUCAUAUACACACCAACGGUUGGACUGGUUUGUCAGAACUAUUCCGGUUUGUAUAGAAGACCGCGAGGAAUGUACUUCAGUGCCAAAGACAAAGGAGAGAUGAUGUCUAUGAUCUAUAACUGGCCUGCUCAACAGGUUGAUAUGAUUGUCAUCACUGAUGGUAGCCGUAUCCUUGGCUUAGGAGAUCUUGGAGUCCAGGGUAUUGGGAUUCCUAUUGGAAAGCUCGACAUGUAUGUGGCUGCUGCAGGAAUCAAUCCACAGAGAGUUUUGCCAAUUAUGUUGGAUGUGGGCACGAAUAAUCAAAAACUCCUACAGAAUCCUCUCUGUAAGCUACUUUUAUUAGUGUAUGGAUGUGUUUCCUAUGACGCUUUAUUCAUGUAUCUUCUUGGUUUUACAGAUUUAGGACUCAGACAACCUCGGUUGGAAGGAGAGGAGUAUCUUGAGAUUGUUGAUGAAUUUAUGGAAGCUGCAUUCACACGUUGGCCUAAGGCCGUCGUACAGUUCGAAGAUUUCCAAGCGAAAUGGGCUUUUGAAACUUUGGAAAGAUAUCGCAAGAAGUUUUGCAUGUUCAAUGAUGAUGUCCAAGGAACUGCUGGUGUUGCUCUGGCUGGACUAUUGGGAACUGUAAGAGCCCAAGGUCGGCCUUUGUCCGACUUUGUGAACCAAAAGAUUGUUGUGGUUGGAGCUGGAAGUGCCGGGCUCGGUGUAACUAAGACGGCAGUACAGGCAGUUGCAAGAAUGGCAGGCAUCAGCUUCGCUGAAGCAACGAAAAACUUUUACCUGAUAGAUAAAGAUGGUCUCGUCACCACGGAGAGGUCAAAACUUGACCCAGCUGCUGUACCUUUUGCCAAAAAUCCAGCUGAGAUACGUGAGGGAGCAAGUAUCGUUGAAGUGGUGAAGACAGUGAGGCCACAUGUGCUUCUUGGUUUAUCUGGAGUUGGUGGCAUCUUCAAUGAAGAAGUUCUCAAGGCAAUGCGAGAAUCUGAUUCAUGCAAGCCUGCCAUUUUUGCUAUGUCUAAUCCCACCUUAAAUGCCGAGUGCACUGCUGCUGAUGCAUUUAAGCACGCUGGAGAACACAUAGUCUUUGGAAGCGGAAGCCCAUUUGAAAACGUUCAACUUGAGAAUGGUAAUACUGGGCAUGUGAAUCAGGCGAACAACAUGUACCUAUUCCCAGGGAUCGGGUUAGGGACUCUUCUGUCUGGUGCACGUAUUGUAACUGAUGGAAUGCUGCUAGCAGCUGCUGAAUGCCUUGCGUCUUACAUGACUGACGAAGAAGUCCAAAAAGGCAUCCUUUACCCUUCAAUCAACAACAUCCGACACAUAACAGCUGAGGUUGGUGCGGCUGUUCUAAGAGCUGCGGUUGCUGACGACAUAGUAGAAGGACAUGGGGAUGUUGGUCCAAGAGAUCUCAGUCACAUGUCUAAGGAGGAGACAGUGGAUUACAUCACAAGGAACAUGUGGUUCCCAAUUUACAGUCCUCUCGUGCACGAGAAAUAGGCAGCAGCUACUCUUUCUCAGCUUUCAUAUAAAAACCAAAAGACAUAGAAAAAAAAAUCUUCUCCCUUCUCUUUAUUUGCGAUGAACAACAUUCUUUCUUAUUUUCUCAGUAUGAGCUACAAAAAAGCCAUGAUGCCUAAUGUUUUAAAACAAACAAUGAACAAGAUUAGAACAUGUGUAGUUCUAAGUCACCGCCCUUGUCCUUUAUUUGGACAUUUUUCUAAAUGUCUACAAUUAUUGUCUGAAAAGUUAUAAUAAUAACUCUGUAUAGCAUUUUUUUUUUGGCAA